AAAAAUCAUUAAUUUGAGUGCAUUAUUUUAUAAAAAAACGUGAAUAUUAGUGAAUAAAAAUGAAGGCUUCAGAUAAAAAAUCCAUUAAACCCAAAAGUUUGUCUACAAUUAAAAAGAAAAAGUUGGAAAAUCCUGAUAUUAAAAGUAAAAAAGUUAAGAAACUUAAAAAAGCUGUAGAGGUGGAAGACGUGGAGCUAGAAGUGCCAGUUAUUAAAAGUAAAAAAGUUAAGAAACUUAAAAAAGCUGUAGAGGAAGCUAAAAAAAAUAAAGCUUCCAUUAAUGAAAGUAAAAAGUCCAAAGAGGUGCCUGAGAAAUCGUCCAAAAAAAAGAAAGGCCACAAAAAAGAUUUGGAGGGCUUAAAAGACAUCGAUCCAGAAUUCUAUGACUUUUUAAAGAAAAAUGAUAAACAGUUGCUGGAUUUCAAUCUGUUGGACAGCGAUGAUGACGAAGAUGAUGAAAAACCAGAGGAAAAAGUAAAUAAAACCGAUAAAAAGUCCAAAAAAUCUAAAAAAGACGAUGAUAUAGAUUCAGAUGAGGAAAUGAUGGAUAUGGAUGAUGAAGACGAAGAUGAUGAUAAUGAUGACGAAGAAAAAUAUCAUAAAGCCGAUGCUGAUUUAGAGGUGGCCAGUGACGAAAGUGAUUUCGAAGGUGAAGAUGAGCCCAGUGUGGGUCCAGAUGGUACUGAAAAAAUCACUUUGAAUCUUUUGCGUCAAUGGCAAUUACAACUGGAAAAGAAAAAUGUACCCAUAGAUACUGUACGCAAAGUUAUACAAGCAUUCAGCUCUGCUUUGCUUAGUAUUUCUCCGGACAGCGAUCAAAAUGUUCCCAUGACCUAUAAAGUGGUGGGUUCGGCAGCUUUCAAUGGUGUCAUUCAAUUGUGUGUGUUGCACCUACAGCCAGCUAUACUACGUUUACUCAAUGUAACACCUCGUUCUUCUAUACCUCUUCAUAAGACCAAAAAAUGGAACAAGGUUAGGGGUUGUUUACGUUAUUAUCUAACGGAUUUGAUACGUUUAGUGGAGCAGGUUUCAAGCGCAAAUAUUUUGUCUGUACUAUUGAAACAUCUUCAUCAAAUGGCCGGUAUGGUGGCCCCAUUUACCGCUUUGGGUAAAACCAUAUUGAAGAGAUUGAUUGUAUUAUGGUCUAGCGGCGAUGAAACUGUUCGCGUCAUAGCUUUCUUGUGUAUAUUGAAGAUCACUCGCAACCAACAGGCCACCAUGUUGAAUCAUGUCCUCAAAGCCAUGUAUCUUACAUACGUACGCAAUUCGAAAUUUGUUUCACCCAAUACCUUGCCGGCCAUAAACUUUAUGAGACGUUCUUUGGUGGAAAUGUUUGCUUUGGAUUUGAAUGUUACUUAUCAACAUGCUUUCUUGUACAUUCGUCAAUUGGCCAUUCAUCUACGUAAUGCUGUUAUAUUGAAGAAGAAAGACAGUUUCCAAGCCUGCUACAAUUGGCAGUAUGUAAAUUCAUUGCGUUUAUGGUCUGAUCUUUUGGGUAAUACCUCUGAUAAACCACAAUUGCAGCCUUUGGUAUAUCCCUUGGUUACUAUCGCUUUUGGUGUUAUACGUUUGAUACCUACAGCUCAAUAUUUCCCAUUAAGAUUCCAUUGCAUACAAUCCCUAAUCGAUUUAGCCAAGUCUACACACACUUUUAUACCUGUUUUACCUUUAAUCUUGGAAGUAUUAAAGAGCAACACUUUCAAUCGCAAACAUACCACAGUGUCCAUGAAACCUAUGCAAUUUACUUGCAUCUUACGUCUAAACAAGGGCCAAUUGGCUGAAAAUGGUUUCAGAGAUGAAGUUGUGGAGCAGGUCUGUGGUUUAACAUUGGAUUAUUUGGCAUAUGAAUCGUCUUCGUUGGCCUUUUGUGACUUGGCAGUGCACACAGUAAUGGCUAUGAAAGCAUAUCUCAAAGAAUGCCGCAAUGCCAACUAUUCGCGUAAGAUAAAACAAUUGGUGGAUAAAAUUCAAGAGAACUCAAGAUUUGUUGAGCAGGAAAGACGUAAAAUAACAUUUGGUCUUAAGGAUACUGCUCAAAUACAAGCCUGGGAGACAACGGUCAAAAAUAAGGGAACACCUUUGGAUACAUACUACAAUAGUUGGGUUAAGACCCAUGAAACCAAAAAGCGUCGUCAAGCGGCCCAAGCUGAUAUCAUUAAUAAUGAUUAUGAUUUGCCUUCAAUUAAGAAAUCGUCUAAGAAAUCUUCAGUGCCAGUUAAAAAUGAAAAUGGUGAAAUUGAGUUAUUCCCAUCAGACUCAGAAGAUGAUGACGUUAGGAUACCUGGUGUAGAGGACAGUGAUGAAGAAAUGGUAGAAGAGAAACCCAAGAAGUUGACAAAAGAAAAGAAAUCUAAAAAAGCCAAGGAGGUUGAAGAGAUCGAAUACGAUGUGCCCAUUGAAGAAACUCUUGAGGGAGAGGAGGAUGUGGAUAUUGUUAAGGAUUUGGACUUAGAUGACUGGUAAUCAAAUUGAACAAAGUAUAAUCCUUUUUAUAACAUUAAAAUACGUAGUUAAGAAACAUUGAAAUAAAACAAAACACAUAUAAAAAGAAAA